CUCAUAUCACUAAUCACUAUCUUCUAGAGCAAAACAUAUUUAAAAAAUGGCGGCAACGGUGCAAAACAAUGCCAUAACUUUGAAAGGCAGUACAGAGAUGGUCGCUGAGUUUUUUGGUUAUGGAAUAAACAGCAUAUUAUAUCAACGUGGUAUCUAUCCUCCAGAAAACUUUAAACGCGAACAAAAAUAUGGCCUAACAUUACUAAUGACAGACGAUGAAAAAUUGAAGCAAUAUAUUGAUAAUGUUAUUAGGCAACUUAAAGACUGGUUGUUUGACAAGACUGUCAAGAAACUGGUAGUUGUGAUACUAAAUAUUGACUCACAUGAACCUUUGGAAAGAUGGCAAUUUGAUGUUGAAUGCGAUAAAGAAAUGACCGAAAAAAGUAAACCCAAAGAGAAAUCAAUGAAGGAUAUUCAAAAUGAAAUACGUGAUGUGAUUAGGCAAAUCACUGCCACGGUAACCUUCCUUCCUCUGCUUGAUGCCCCAUGUGCCUUCGAUAUCCUUAUUUAUACUGAUAAGGACCAAGAUGUCCCUGAGCAAUGGGAGGAAUCUGGUCCACAAUUUAUCGCAAACUCACAAGAAGUUCGAUUACGCUCCUUCUCAACUCUAAUACACACAGUCAAUGCAAUGGUAGCAUACAAAAACUGACUGAACAGACCUUGUCAAGGUCUUUAUCGAUUAUUUUGGCACAAUUAAUACAGAAGAGAUGACAAGUAUUUAUAGAUGUUUCUAUUGUGUGCUUGUUAAUAUAUUUAAAUUUUUAGUUUUUCUCUGUAAUGUAAGAUGCAUAUACCUAUAUGUAUGUAGUUGCAAUUUACAAACAUUUAUCAAGUUAGCUUAUACUUUAUUGAAUUUUUUUACUGGUUGGUAUUAAUUAUACUUUCUUGUAGUCCUAAUUGACAUACCUUAA